UCAGGUAGGUCAGGUACAGUAUCUUUGAAUUAUGUUAAAUUACGUUUGUAACUUUUUUCCUCCCUGUGUCUCAGUGAGUGUUGACGGCAGCUACCACCACGAUAACUACCAGUCCACCAGCCGCCCACCGUCAAGACCAACCACCAUCACGACCCGUCACCACCCACCGCCACCCACAGGACAGAGCCGUGGGCAUGGUGGAACAGCUCUAUCUCACGCCCACACCCGCUGCUGUUCCCAGCCCCCACGCCACCACGCCCACACACGCCCUCGACUUACCAUUAUUGCCACACUAGGUGGGUGGCCGGCGUAACACAGCUGUUGAGGCGGUGUGUGAGGGUGGGCGUGAAGAUGAGGGUGACGGUGAGAGGAGUGUUGGUGGGCGGCAGUGUGGGCGUCUUGCUCACCACCGUCUUGUUGUGGUCACAGUGUCGGCCGCCCGCACCACACUUGCCCAUGCACCAAGCCGCCCACGCCCAUGGCACCAAGCAGCAGCAACAGCAACAACUUCACCGAUCACCAUUACAGACCAGCCGUCACCAGGCGGGCGGAGCUGUGGGCGGGGAAGACACCUAUGUGGAAGUGGAGUAUAGUGUGGGCGGUGCUGCUGACGCCCACCACAACCACCACCACGAGGGAGGAGACGGAGCGUCGUCGGAGGGUCGUGCAGCAACGGGUGAACGACUGUCGGAGAUCCCCUGCGUCAUCAACCAUGAGUCUGAAGUGAUGUGCAAACGAGACCAGAAUGACGUGUACAUCCCAUUCUCCUUUAUCCAUAACUAUUUUGAGGUGUAUGGGCGUGUGGAACAGAAGCCAGACGGUACAGAAGUGUUUGAGUGGUCUCACAGCUACAGCCGAGUGUACAACCCCCAGGGCCCCUACACACCUACAGGGACGUUCCUCAACUUUGAACUGUACAAUGUUGAAGCUCGGGAGAGAGUCAAGUGUAUCUCUGGCACAGAAGGAGUGCCCAUGUCUACCCAGUGGCAGAGCUCGGGCUACACCUACCCCAUACAGAUAGCACAGUUUGGUCUCUCUCACUACUGUAAACACCUCACAGAGUCAUCCCCUAAGAGAAUAAUGAUAGAGGACGGGGGGGAGCACCAGGCAUCGUGGCUGGAGGGGGUCAACACCAAGGUCCUGAGAGUGGCCGACCCCAUGGUCCACACCAACGUCCUUAAGUUCAAGGCUCCGGAGUCGUCAUCAAAGGGCGGCGCCAUACUCCACUUGGCUAAGAUUCCCACACAAAACAUGUUGGUGCUGAGUCUUAAUCUUCUGCUUCACGGGAAUGCCAGUUUUUCCGUCACUGUUGAGUUUCAAGAUAAGAAGACAGAGGUGGUCACAAUUCAUUACAUCCGUUCUGAAAAAAUACUUCAAGUUCUGGAUCGCCAUAUAUAUUACGGUCUCGGGGAGCAGACAGGAUGGCGGACUGUAACCCGUAACUUACUCAUUGACGUCCACAAGGGGGCCACCUCCUCCCCUUCCCUGCGUAAAAAAUUUAAGAAGGUGUCAAGAUCCAAGUUGACGAUCGUGUCCUUGUCGCUGCACGGGGAGGGAAGUGUCACCAACAUAACCCUCGCCUCGGCAGAACACUUGCACCACUUUUAUGAUGCGGCCAACUGGUUACUGAAGCACCAGGAUGAACAGGGAGGCUGGUCCAUCCCUGUACCACGAAAGGUGAUCAGUGGGGUCCUGGAACUUGGUGCUGGCUGGUACUCUGCCAUGGCUCAGGGUCAGGCUAUGUCCCUCCUGAUUCGAGCAGCGCAUCACUCAGGUGACUCCCGGUACCUGAAGGCCGCUGUCAGAGCCACAUCACUAUUUUCAGUUAAUGCAACUCGUGGUGGCGUGAGGACGUACUUCCCGGGCGGCUACGUCUGGUAUGAGGAAUAUCCAACAAAUCCUUCACUCUUUGUGCUCAAUGGUUUCAUCUACAGUCUUCUGGGCCUUUAUGAUCUUAAAGAAUUUUCGGGAGACUCCAGUAACAUCAGCGGAGAUUUGUUCGAGGAUGGCAUGAGGUCUUUAAAAAGGUUACUACCCUUAUAUGAUACUGGAUGGGGCUCUCUGUAUGACCUGCGGCACUUCACAACUCACGUACCUCCCAACAGAGCGCGUUGGGACUACCACACGACUCACAUUACGCAGCUGCUGUUGCUGGCGUCCAUUGACACAGAUCCGGUGAUAUCCUCCACUGCUCAACGCUGGAAGGACUAUAUGAACGGUCACAGAUCUAAACAUAACUAGACGGUCUCGCUGUGAGUAACAUGAUUUUUUAUCCAUCGGUAAUGGUAUUAUGUAAGUACAGGAGUGUACUUAAUAUCCUGAUCAUGAACAGGAGUUGAACUGUUUUAGACGAUGCAGAGCUGUAUGCAGGAAAUGUGGAGUUUUUGACUCGGUAUUGUGAUAGACAUAUUGUUAGGAAGACUUUGUGCGACUAUAUUGUCCAAGAAUACUGUACAGUGAUUUGGGAAUUUUUGAUGAGCUAAAAUGAAGUUAUUGAAGAGGAAAUAAUACUGUAUUACCCCAGUUUAGAAAAGUUUACUGAGAAUGACACAUUUAUUUGUCAGACAAAAAAUCAUAAACUGAAAAAAUAUUUGCAUUCCAUUAGCUAUAAUGCAAUGGAUAUUUUAUAAUAAUUAUUUAAGUGUCUGUACUGUCUGCUGGACACAGUAAAUCUUAUAUUUAUAUAUACCUGACUCUGUCAACUCACUGUUUCUCAGCAGGAAAUCUUCAACUAUAUUUAUUGAGAGUUUAACACACACUAUUUCCAGGAAGAACUUUUUAUCAUCUAUUAACAAAAGACUUUCAGAUUGAACAAUUAUUACUGUUCUUGACCAGAAUGUUCGUUGUUCGUGAAAUAGAAAACAAUUAGAGACACUCUCAUCAAAUAUGGCUGAAGGUCCUGUGUACUGUUGCUUCCUAGUCUCUGAACUGAACGUGUUGGUAGGUGGGCUAUUAUUGUAGGAGCUACAGAGGAGUAUGUAGUGUAGAAGACAGGUGGUUAGUAGAGACUAAUAUAACUACUCUGCCUUGCUAUGUGAUAUAUUUCUGGUAUAUACUGAUCUGGGUCCACAAACCUCGUACGGAUGGUGGCAGGCAGGGCUGGGCAGGAGCGUCCGAGCGAGCCGUCGACUCCUCUUGUAUAGUGAUCCGUAGUGAGUGUGUGGGGUCUGCCUCUGCCAUGGUCCUCAUGUGAUCUUCCAUUUUCCUUGUGGCCACAGCUCAAACUAUAAUGAGUGUGUACAGUAAUUAGUAUUUCUUCAAAACUUACACCAGAGAUUGCUGAUUAGAAAUUCAGCUUUUAUUUUUUAUAUCCAAGUGUUGAUAUAUGCGUGAUUUGGAGAUGCCAAUAGGCUUAAUGCCUAUAUGGAUUUAUCUGCUUUGCAAACAGGAUAUAACUUUUAUUAGGGCUUUAAAUUCACCUAUAGUGCUGUAUACAGUUGUAUAAGAAUAUAUUCUCUAAAGUGAAAUGUAAUAAUAACAUUUCAAGUUAGAAACUUUACACAUCAUGUCAGUAUUUUGACAAAACUAAAUUAUAUUUUCUCAUAUACACCUUGCAAUUCAAAAUAGUUUAUCAUAUUUGGGAUAAUACAAAAUGCAUGCAACUGGUUCAUACACCCUGCAGUUGACCCCUCAAAGAUGUGUUGGCCUUCCAUGCAAGUUCCCCAUCAUAGCAGUUUAACAUUUCCCUGGGCUUCCACUGGUGUGCUGUAGAUAGAUCUCCAUCCUGACAGUCAGGUUAUUUGCUGCCUACAUGUGGUAGUCUGUCAUACUGUUGUAAUCAUUAACUAAAACAUGUGGUAGGUAUCCACCCAGCCCAUCAGAUAGUAUACUCUUAGCAGUAGAUGAAGUAGGUUGUUCAUCUUAAAUUGAGGAUGGUUGGCAGUAUUAAGCUGUAUUAGUGUGUCAGUGCAGUACUCAUAGCUCGCCAGCAUCAAUCUUUGACAGACUGCCACACCAAAGGGACAAAAGAUUGCCUCCCCAAGACGUCUCCACAGCUUUUGUUGGGGACUUCUGGCUCAGAGAGACACAUGUUCACUUCACCUCUGCUCAACCUAAUAGUGCUAAAGAAACUCACAUGCAUGCUAAUCAGUAUAUUAUAUAUUUAUAGAAAUACACCCUGGUAUAUCAAAUUACGGUAAUUCUCCAGUAACCCUUAGGCCCCGGGUGACGUUCCAGAACGCGCGCCUUUUCCCGCCACUGUUUAAAUGCCCAGCGCGGGUUAUCAGGUUCCAGUGUGACUAUUUGCCUGUCAUGCCACACCUCGGC